GGUGCAGAGGCAGCCAAGGGAUCAGGAAUACCAUUUUAAAGACAAGUGAUUGUGCUGUGGCAUAUGACAGACCACAACAGCAUACUCUUUGCCUGAACAUCAUCUCACUGGAGCAAACGGUCCUUUCUUUCGAUUCUCGUUUCACCAGAAUGAAGUCUCGCAGGCCAAGCUGUACCGAUUCGGGUUCGGAAUCAGACACCAAGGGCCCGGAGAAGUUUGAAAACACGACGCGCCGUCGGAUGGCGGCGAAUGCCAGGGAGAGGAAGAGGAUGGAAGGUCUUAACACGGCCUUCGACGGUCUGCGCAAAGUGGUGCCGCAGUGGGGCGAGGACAAGAAGCUGUCCAAGUACGAGACCCUGCAGAUGGCCCUCAGCUACAUCAUGGCCCUGAAUCGCAUCCUGACGGACAAUAGCAGACACAGCACCCCCCACAGGCAGUGGUUGGACCUGCAGUUUGAGUCCCUGCAGUCGGAGGUCUACCCAUGUGGCUACGUGACGUACGGCUCUCCUGGUGAAAAUGAGACCUCACACUCGCCGUUUCCCUGCCACUUUGAGGGCUUUGGAGUCCCAUCGUAA